GUAUUAUUUGGGCACGGGACUCUCUCUUUCACUCUGCUUCUCCUCUCUAUCUAUCUAUCUCUCAUUCAAUGCUUUACCGAACUCAACACCACUCUUUUCUCAACCCUUUUACCUUCUCCCUAACUCCUCCGCCUCCGCCGCCGUCCUCCGCCGUGUCCGUUCAGGGAAUGGAGUGUGCGUUGAAGAGCUGUGUUAGGCCGGAGAUGGCGGCGAAGACGGCGGCCCACACGGUGGGGUGUUUGGAAAAUGAGUUUCCGGCGGUGGGGGGCGGCGGCGGCGAAGAUUUCUCCGUUGACGACCUCCUCGACUUGUCGAAUGGGUUUUCCGAGGAGUACGAGGAGAAAACAGAGGUGCCGGAGGAAAAGGCUGGGGAAAAUUCGUCUUUGGUGUUUGUCUCUGUUGUGCCGGAAAAGCGGCAAGAAGAAACGGUGGGCGUUAGUUUUUGUAUUGAAAAAGAUUUUUCUUGCUUUCCCGGCGGAGAGCUUAAUGCUCCGGCGGAUGAUUUGGAUAGCCUUGAAUGGCUGUCUCAUUUCGUGGAAGAAGACUCGUUUUCCGGCUACUCUCUAACAUACCCCGCCGGAAAACUUCCGCCGCUGCCGGAAAACAAGAACCGGGUUCAGGCCGAAAUUCCGGUCCGGGACAAUCCCAGCUUUACCACCCCGGUUCAGACCAAGGCGAGAAGCAAACGAGCCAGAACCGGUGUCCGAGUUUGGCUGAGCGGUUCGCCGUCGCUGACCGAGUCAUCCACCUCGUCGUCUUCAUCGACGAUGUCCUCGUCCCCUCCACACCCAUUUUUAACAGCCGAGUCAUUGAUAGGGAUACCGCCGGCGAAGAAACAGAAAAAGAAGCCGACCCAAACCGCCGCCGCCGGUCAGCCACGGCGGUGCAGCCAUUGCGGCGUCCAAAAAACCCCACAGUGGCGGGCCGGUCCGCUCGGAGCCAAGACGCUCUGCAACGCCUGUGGGGUCCGGUUCAAGUCCGGCCGCCUCCUCCCGGAGUACCGCCCGGCCUGCAGCCCCACCUUCUCCAGCCAGCUCCACUCCAACAACCACCGGAAAGUCCUGGAGAUGCGGCGGAAGAAAGAAUCCGAAGCCUCGCCGGGAUUCGCUCCGCCGCCGGUCCAGAGUUUUUGAAAAAAUUAAGGUUAACCCUUUAGGCUUUAGUAGACUAGUAGUAGUCAGAAAUAGCGAAAACGCAAAAAGAAAGAAGAAAAAAACCGGAAAUUUUAGGGAUAGCGAGACGACAAAAAACCGGAGUCGAAUUGUUGAGAGGUUAGAUCGGGUUUAUUAAGAACCGCUUUAGUGUACAUUUUUUAGGGGUGGACCGCUGGUUGGUGCGGUAGGUUUUCGAGUGUUAGUGUAACGUAUGAGGAGAGGCUUUUAAUGUACUUUCCCUUUAAACAAUUUCUUUCUCUACUUUAUUCCUACCUUUUCAUUUUUUUAUUUCA